AUGUCGGUAGCGUCACAAGUUGCUCUGGCGAGCUACGCCAACAUGUUCAGCAUCGGCACCGCCUACGCCCUCAGUAUCGUGCAGUUCGAGCUACCUAGACUUCUCAAAGUCUCUCACGAGUGGUCUUUCGCUCCCUUUGGUGCAGUCAGUGCCGGCCUUGCAAUCGGAGUUGCGACGGCCGCCUCCUCAAUCUCAAAGAAUGGUGCCCGUUCUGCUGCGGCGAGAGGUACAGCACUUUGGGGUCUCGCUGUGCUUUCCACGGGUCAUUUCUUGGCUUCUUCCAACUUUGUAGGCCUCCUCGCCGGGCUAUUCCUUGGUGGUAUUGGCGUUGGAUGGACAUACCUCGCCGUCAUCAUCAUGGUCGGCCAAGCAUUCCCGAAUCAUCCGCUGGCAAGGAGUGCUAUAGGGCCUUUGGGCUUCUCUUCGGGCGCGGCCGCCAGCUUCGCCUUGUCUUCGAUUCUCAGAUUCAACAUGCGAGGCGCGGAGGAUAUCGGCGGCUUCCUCAAGAUUGGGGGAGUGACAUUCAUGGCCGUUGGGGUAGCGACACAGCUGUUGUUGCCCAGCGAUACGAUCAAUGGACAACCGCAAACAACAUCCACGCCACUCGAGAAGAAACCCGAGGGCUUUGUGAAGGGCACCUUCUGGAUCUUACUCUUCUUCAACGCCUUGCCUGGAAUGGUGGCCUUCUCUACCCUCCUUCCGGGGGUCUCGCACUACAGGUCGACAGAUCAAGACAGUUCCGGGAAUUGCCUGCCUUACACGAUGGCCGCACUCGCCAGCGGAGGGCUCCUCGCGACCCCACUCAACUCCAUCCUUGGAACUAAACGCACCUUCAUCGUCUUUUUCUCCACCCGGGCCAUGCUGUUGGUCGCUCUAUGGCAAACGUCGAGCCAAGCCUUGGCUCUCCUCACACUCUGCGCAAUCCUCUUCGCUCAUGGGGCGGGCUUCAGCAUCCUUCCGGGUUUGAUCAAAUCUCGGUUGGGUGAGCCAGCAAACUUUCCUCGAGAGUACGGUCGCGUUCUCACGGCAUGGGGCGCAGCGGGAGCUGUCGCCAGCGGUCUCAACGCCACUGUGAAAUCUUCUUCCGGUCAUCUUGAGACGUUGAGUCUUGUGAUGGGGACGAUUCUGCUGGUCGCCGUUGUCGAGAUGGUGGCCACUCCUCUCGGUAUGUAA